AUGGCCCAUAUCGACCCGCCAGACUACAACAUGGACCAACUCUCAAAUGGAUAUGCUCCUGAGUCUAAACCCUCCAAAAAGGCGUUGCGAGCCGACCGCAAAGUGAAGUCGGUAUCGAAGGGCGACGGGCCAGACUUCGCAACGGCGGUACCUAUGUGCCCGAUUACCUAUCGUCGCCCGCCUGCCGUCAAUGCCGGCAAGGCCAUCGACUCGCCUGGCGUUGCUCACGCGAAUUUUGCCCCAUCUGUGGACAAGCCGCACGGCAGUGUGGAAUACUCGGAGAAAUACAAUAACUACACGGUGCUGCAACAGCACGUGAUGUUCUGGGAUCGCAAUAACGACGGUGUCAUCACUCCGAUUGACGUUUGGGUCGGCUUCCGAGACUUGGGUUUUAAUCUUGCCACUUGCCUGCUAGCUGCGACGGUUAUUCCUUUCGCGUUCUCAUACGGCACUGUCAUGCAGUACUCCUACAUUCCGGACCCCUUUUUCCGACUCUACGUCGGCGGCAUGCACAAGGCAAAGCACGGAUCCGACUCUGGCGUCUACGAUAGCGAGGGUCGAUUCGUUCCACAGCGAUUCGAAGACGUCUUUGCAAACUGCAGUGCCCGACAAGAUGAUACCCUAACGCUGGGUGAAGUGUUUGGCUUAAUGAGCCGAAACCGAUGUGCCGUCGAUCCAUUUGGAUGGUCAGCAUCAUUUUUCGAGUGGGUUACCACUUGGAUGCUACUAGCAAAAGAUGGCAAAAUCCACAAAGAGGACCUCAGACGAGUGUAUGAUGGCUCGCUUUUCUGGGAGAUCCGGGACAAGAGACAUUCUGGAAAAGGCUGGCAUCAAGGCUGGGGAAUUGGGGGCGAUUGGUUUCUGGGCGAUCGACCUAGGUUGAACCCUAAUGACCUCCGAACUAAUGUUGAAUCCUAG